AUGGCGGCUUCGCUUGUGGCGGUGAUGGUGCUUGUGCUGGUGGCUGCCUGCCUCGCUGGCAAGCCCGACCUCCCCAACGUCGUCUGGCACGAGAAUGCCGCCGCUGCGAUCGGCACUGACAUUGCCGAGGUGGCCAGGAACACCGGUGUGGACGUGCCUGAGCUGCUGCGCCUCCUGACCGACCGCGACAUCGGCUAUGACAAGGUCAACAAGCGCCUGCUCUACGCGUGCGAGGGCACGGCUGUGCCCGCCGGCGCCACCCCUGCUGUGGCCCCUGGCUCUGCCACUGUUGGCGCCCCCGACCCCACUGACCUGACCCUGGCGUUCAAGCUGCACAGCCGCCCCGGCGCGCCGCGCCGCCUGGUGCUGGACUUCACUGGCCACACCACCACCGGCACAGCCUGGAACAGCGUGGUUCGCCCCAGCAUCGUGUCUCCGCCCUAUGACCUGGACGGCGUGCCGUCUGCUUUCAGCGACACCGAGCGCCGCAACAUCAUCGCCAUCUGGCGUGCCGUGGCAGAGGACUAUGCGGCCUUUGACGUGGACGUCACAACUGAGGAGACAGAUGCAAGCGGCGCCCAGCUCAACCUGGCCGACAACGGCGCCCGCGCCGUCAUUGGAGGGUCAUCCUUGGACUGGUAUGGCCAGCCCGCGGGCGGCGUGGCCUACGUGAACACCUUUGGCAACACUUAUUACGACCCUGCCUUUGUGUUCCCUGCCCAGCUGGGCUCCGGCUCCCCCAAGUACGUGUGGGAGGCCACCAGCCACGAGCUGGGCCACCGCCUGGGGCUGAACCAUGACGGCGACAACCUGGGCAACUCUUACUCUUCCGGCAGCGGCAUAUGGGCGCCAAUUAUGGGGGUUGGAUACGACAGGCCGGUCACGCAGUUUAGCAAGGGCGAGUAUGCGAACGCCAACAACAAAGAGGACGACCUCGCCAUCAUGACUGAUCCCACGCGCACCAUGACCAACGCCAAGGGCUUCCUGGCCUACCGCCCCGACGACCUCGGCAGCACCAUGGCCGCCGCGGCCCCCCUGGAGGGCACCCCCACCACCUCGGACCCCACUCGCAUGACCGCGGCUGCCGUUGGCAACAUCGAGCGCAGCGGCGACGCAGACUGGCUCUCCUUUGCGGCAGGCGCGGGGCCUGCGACUGUCAGCAUUGCGCUCACGCCGGCGUCUCCCAACGGCGAUGCGCGCGCCAACGUCGACUUGCGCUUGGAGGUGUGGGCGGCCGGCGCAGCCACGCCGCUGGUCACCUUCAACACUGCUGGCGCCCUGCUGUCUGACGCCAGGACCGUCACCCUGCCGGCGCCGGGCACGUACUAUGUCGCUGUCAUCGGCACGGGUGACACCGACUUCACCAGCUACGCCUCUCUGGGGGAGUACAGCGUGACCCUCCAGUACUCAAACCCCUCCAGCUCGCCGCCGCCCUCGCCCUCGCCCUCGUCGUCCCCCUCGCCGUCGCCGUCGCCGUCCCCCUCGCCGUCGCCCUCGCCGCCGCCAUCCAAAGAGAUCCGCUUGACCCUCUCGAGCUACUCUAUUGUGGUCGGCAAGAGCUCUGGCCUCGUCUCUACCACCACCUACGGGGUGAAAGUCAUCCUCGUUGCCAAGGAUGAAUACGGCACGCCCAUCACGGGCACCCCCGUCACAAUGGGCGCCACAUGGUCGUCUUCGGCUUACCUCGUGUCGUCUUCCAGGACGGCGACGUACACCACGUCCGCCGCGGGCACUUUCCAGGUGUUUGAUUCGCCCACCACUAGCCAAUCGCGCGGCAGCGCGACGCUGACGAUCAACUCGGUGUCCGCCAGCCCCUUGACUUGGAACAAGGCCGCAUCGACGUCUGUGAUGACCUUCAAUUGGCCUUAA